GGAGGAGGACCAGAGCUUUGGGGGGCGGGGGAGGGCGCGCGUUGUAUCCCCGGCUCCCUUUCUGCGCCCUCCUUGCGCACCAUGGACGGGCUGCCCGGGAGGGCGCUGGGAGCCGCCUUCCUUCUGCUCCUGGUAGCUGGCUGGCUGGGUCCAGAGGCCUGGGGCUCGCCGACACCUCUGCCUUCCCCGGCCGCCCCUUCGGGAGCCGAGGGCGCCCCUCCAGAUACUUGCACGUCGUGUGGCUUCAGGCGCCCAGAGGAGCCGGGCAAAGUGGACGGUGACUUCUUGGAGGCGGUGAAGCGGCACAUUCUCAGCCGGCUGCAGAUGCGGGGCCGCCCCAACAUCACCCACGCGGUGCCCAAGGCCGCCAUGGUGACCGCCCUGCGCAAGCUGCAUGCGGGAAAGGUGCGGGAAGACGGCCGAAUGGAGAUCCCGCACCUCGACGGGCAUGCCAGCUCGAGCUCAGACGGCCAGGAACAGGUGUCAGAGAUCAUCAGCUUCGCUGAGACAGAUGACCUUGCCUCCUCCAGAGUCCGCCUGUAUUUCUUUAUCUCCAACGAGGGCAACCAAAAUCUGUUUGUGGUGCAGGCCAGCCUGUGGUUAUACUUGAAAUUGCUCCCUUACGUCCUUGAGAAAGGCACCCGACGGAAAGUCCGGGUCAAAGUGUACUUCCAGGACCUGGACCGAAGUGACAAGUGGAAUGUGGUGGAGAAGAAGGUAGACCUCAAGAGAAGUGGCUGGCACACUUUCCCUCUGACUGAGGCAAUUCAGUCCCUGUUUGAGAAAGGGGAGAGGAGGCUGAACCUGGAACUCCAGUGUGAGGGCUGUGAAGAGCUUGCUGUGGUCCCUGUCUUUGUGGACCCCGGGGAAGAAUCUCACCGACCCUUCUUGGUAGUGCAGGCCAGACUGGCGGACAACAAGCACCGGAUCCGAAAAAGGGGACUGGAAUGUGACGGCAGGACCAAUCUCUGUUGCAGGCAACAGUUUUUUAUUGACUUCCGACUCAUUGGGUGGAAUGACUGGAUCAUUGCGCCCACGGGUUACUAUGGGAAUUACUGUGAAGGGAGCUGCCCGGCCUACUUGGCCGGAGUCCCAGGGUCAGCUUCCUCUUUUCACACCGCUGUGGUGAAUCAGUACCGAAUGCGAGGGCUGAACCCAGGGACCGUGAACUCCUGUUGCAUUCCAACCAAACUCAGCACAAUGUCAAUGCUGUACUUUGACGAUGAAUACAACAUUGUGAAGAGGGACGUCCCCAAUAUGAUUGUGGAAGAAUGUGGCUGCGCUUGAUCUAAGGGGCGGGGAGCUGGGGUGGGGGGAGGACAUUCCCAGACUAGAUCCUUGCAGACAUCGGCGCUGACAGGAGUCACUGUGGAGAGCGGGGCAUGGCCAUCUCACCCGGGUGCAAAGAUGGUGCCGGCUUACGAAUCUUGGACAUAUAAAUCUGGCCACUGCUUGAAAAAUAGAGAACCCGUGAAUGAAAUGAAAUACCUUAGAAUGCACACGUACACACACAGACACACAUACACACAGCCACCCACUGAGCAGCUUCCAGAAUACUAGCAAAUGGAUACAGUGACAAAUGGCAGCCUAUCUAAAAACGCCUGUCAGUCCGAGCGAAUGGGUAAGCAGCCGCUCUUCCCACCAGCUGUCCAAGCUGAACUGAAAUGAGUUCUCUAUGCUCACAUAAAAGCACAAAGAGAGAGCGCUUGAGGACGAUGGGGAGCCAGGGAAUGAGGCGGGGGUUGGGGGGUGCAGUAUGAGCUCUGUUUUCCUAUGUGUUGCUGUAAGAGUGACUGUCACCUUGUAAGGCUCUACCUGCUACUGAAGGUGAUGGCUUCCUCUCACAUUUCAGGCUCAGUGAUGUUGAGAAUCACAGAUACGCAUCUCUUCCUGCAGCCCUUCCAGAAAAAAAGAGAGGGAGGCUCUGAGAGAAAACAGUCAGGCAGAGACAGUCAUGCAGAGGCAAAAAACAGUGUGACUUGCGCUGUUCCCUGACUUGUCAUCCAGAUGAGAUU